UAUCAGCAACAAAUACUUUCUCGUAUACAUCAACGCUCAUUGGAGAGAGAUUCAGAUUCUAGACAGAGGGUAGGUUGGAGGGGAGAAGGGGUGCUGUCAAAUCUCCAUUUUCUCUCUCUAAAUUUCAUAACCCCCUCUCUCUCUACAUAUAUAUACACACACAUAUAUCUUUUCUCUUCAAUUUCUCCGAAUAAAAUGCUCUCAGAUUUUCAAGAUUAGGUAGAGUUGAUAAUCAUAAUCAAAAUGGAGGGUAAUGGAGGGGCUCAAUUAGAUGGGAAGGUGUUACAAACAUUUCAAAAGAGUUUUGUUCAAGUUCAAAGUAUUUUGGAUCAAAACAGGCUGUUGAUCCAUGAGAUUAACCAGAAUCAUGAAUCAAAGAUCCCUGAUAACCUCAGUAGAAAUGUGGGUUUGAUCAGAGAACUCAACAACAAUAUCAAGAAAGUUGCUGAUCUUUAUUCUGAUCUUUCCUCGAAUUUUUCGAGAUCAAUUGAUGUCAAUUCGUCCGAAGGGGAUUCAAGAUCAGAUGGCAAGAAGAGGACUAGACCUGGUUAAAUAGGAAGAGGUAUAUUGUUAUAUUGGAUUCUCUCUUAUCUAUCUAUUUCUUCUUUAAGAAUAAUUGUGUAAAUCUCUCCAUUGUUUUUGGGUUGAUGAUGUUCUUCACGUUUAACUUUUAAUGUGCAAAGUAACAAGUUACAUCAAAA